UUUACGUAAAUCCGUAUAAUGGUAAAUUAAUGUAAUAAUUAUUAUUGAUAUAAGAUAUUAUAUUUAUCUAUUUAUGCAUAACUCAAACUCUUAUCAAUUUCUUUUAUUUACGUGUUCUGUUAUUAUACCACGGACCAGAAAAAUUUAAAGAUCUAAUCCACGAUCCACGGUUGAUUAUCUUGCCCAUGUCACUAUCACCUAUCAUACUUGGCACUUGCAUAUUUUAUUAUUAUUCACAUUUUACGUUAUAAUUUUACUUUCUCAAUUCCCUAUAGAUGUUAUUACUUAUUCAGCAUUAGUAUUUACUACCAGCUGUCCAGACGUCCAGCGCUUAGCUACACAACUAUCACCACGACACUACAUUAGCACAAAGAAAUAGUUAGUGAAAUGUGAAUAGAUAAUAAAAUAGACUAUAGAUUAAAAUUACAUUCAUCAUUACCCAACUGUUACCAACUAUUAUCAACCCAUUAUACUUGUGUUCAUUUUUAUAUACCUUAUUCAACAUAAACUUUGAAGAAUUACAACUAAUUGUAUUUAUCAGUUGCAAAAUGAUGACCAAAGUAUUUAUUGAAGAACAUUUAGAUAAAUAUCUAAAAAGCUUAGUUAAAGGAAAGUUGUUUAUUCCAGGAGUAAUUAUUGGACAAGUCAUAGGUAACAACUAUCAUAUAGUGCAUUUAUCAGCAAUGACUGUAUGGAAUGAUGACAUACAAAAUAAUAAAAUUGAUGUUCUGGCCUUCAAAACUCUUUCUGAUCUUUUAGCCAAUAGUGAUACAAUAUUUCAAAAGUCAUUAGAAGUAGCGACUUUAUUACCUGGAGGUUCACAUGUACUUGGUUUAUUUUUUAUUGUUCCACAAGAUUUAAAAAGUAUCCAACCAAUAGAUAUUGAUUUUUAUGCAUUUCACAGUGAAUUAAAUGAAAAUUUAUUGUUUAAAAAACCCAAUGAAACGUGGAAUUACUUAAUAUUAAACUAUUCAACUGUCAACAAAAAAUCGUAUUGUUAUUCAGUUGAUUUUAACCGUGUAAGUGGUCCUGAAAAAACAACUUAUAAAGCAGUAGAUUCAGUUUGUGGAUCAUUUAAUAAUGAUUGGAUUACUUUUAUUGGAACAUUUAACUUUGGAACAUUAGAUAGACUAAAUGUAGGUGGUGGACCAAAAGCUUUAUUUUCUAUUCGUGACAGUUUAUUAGAUAAAUUUGAAUCUGUUUUAAAUGAAUCAGUCUGUACUUUUAACGGACAUGUAUGUGACGAAAAUAAAACCUUUAAAGAUUUUGAAUGUGAUGAAAUUGAUAAUGUAUUGAAAAAUGUUGUGAAGAUUGAAUUUUACAGAGAGGUUGAUUUGGGUAAUGAAUGUAAAAAUGCUUCACUUACUGUAAAAAGAGGAAAAGGAAAAAUUUCAAUGUCUGGUUUAUGCAGUAUAGUGGUACCAUUUAAUCGAAAUGGUACAAUCAAAGAUGCCUUAAAGGCUAUUCAUGAAGAUGCCAUGCAGACAUUUGCAACUCGUUUAAAAAUGCAUUUGGAAUCAAUGGUCGAAGAGGAAUCUCUUGAAGAAGAAGAUGGAGAUGCAAAUAUAUUACACGAAACUCCGCGUCGAAUAUUAAUUUUAAAAACUGAAGGUUCUAAAUUUGCAUUUAGUGAUUAUGUAUUUCCUGGUGAAACUUCUCAAGAAGCAUUAUGUGUAGCUGGAGAAAUAUUGAAUCUUGCUGAAGACAAAAUGGAAUUAUAUGAUAUGUUGGAAAAAGGACGACAUUCAUAUUAUGAAACACUGCCAGACAUUGAUAGUAGUCCACCCCAAGACGCAAGUACUUCAUCGUCAAAUAAUAUGUUAAUUUAUUUCACUUGGGCAGCUUUAAUAUUGGCUAUCUUUGCAUAUGUUAUGAAACAGAUUUUCAUGUAAAUUAAAUUAAUGUGAAGCUAAAUUAACUUUAAUAAAUAACAUUCCUUAAUUUAUUAUUAUUACUAUUGUUAUUUUUUUUUUAUUGUUUAUUAUAAAAUUAUUUAAAAUAAUAUUAAAAUUAAAGUGAUUGUUUUAACAAAAUAAAUGUGUAUUCUAAACAUUAAGUUUGACUGAAAAAAUAAUUAAUAUAAGGUGUUUCAUUAAUCAUUCACUCAAUUUAUAAUAGUAAAAAGGUUCUUUAUACUUUCUAAUAUAUAUUUCUAUAAUUAUUGAAUAAAAAUGUAUGAAUUAUUCUAUGUUCAACAGAUUUUAAUGCAAUACAAUAUUUAAAAUCAAUUUUAAA